UCUGCAAACUCCUCGUCUCUGUAUUUUAUACCGCAUCGCGAGGCAUACUUUCCUUGUUUUAGGGAGCAUCUGGCGAGCUCCACUCUCAAGUUCGUCCAUUUGAGAGAGUCAGCAGCAGCGGCUAGUUUCUGUGCAAGACCCACGGGAGUUUUCUCUGUGUCAGGAGUUUUCUUGGUUCUCCGUGCACAUUAUGGUGAGCGUGGAGUUUAGCGAUGGCGUUGCUACUCCCAUGAUUCCCAAUGGACAAGCGAAAUCGAAGCCUUCAACUCAUGCCACUGCGAAUGGAAAUGUGGGAGCAGUGCUGGAAAACGGGCAUGCAAACGGGAGUUCUUCUAAUGGCAAAGCAAAGGAAGAAGCUAGCAAACACCAAACUCUUGGCCACAAGAGCCUCCUCAAGAGCGACGCUCUCUAUCAGUAUCUCCUCGAGACGAGCGUUUAUCCGCGAGAGCCAGCGUCACUCAGAGGAUUGAGAGAGCUAACAGCAAAGCAUCCAUGGAACAUCAUGACCACUUCUCCAGACGAGGGCCAGUUUCUAAGCAUGCUAGUAAAGAUCAUGAACGCCAAGAACACCAUCGAAAUCGGCGUCUUCACGGGCUAUUCUCUUCUCAGCACAGCGCUGGCGCUGCCAGAGGAUGGAAAGAUCAUAGCAAUGGACAUUGACAGGAGCAACUAUGAUUUGGGAUUCCCAUUCUUGCAAGAAGCAGGAGUGGACCACAAGAUUGAUUUCCGCGAGGGCCCAGCUCUGGCAACUCUGGACGAGCUCGUUCAAAAUAACAAGAACCAUGGCUUCUUCGAUUUCAUUUUUAUUGAUGCCGACAAGAACAACUAUCUCAACUAUCACGAGAGAGUAAUGCAGCUCGUCAAGAUCGGUGGAAUCAUCGGCUAUGACAACACGCUGUGGAACGGAGCAGUGGUGGCGUCCGACGAUGAGCCAAUGCGCAAGUACGUCCGGUUCUAUAAAGAUUUCGUCAAGGAGCUCAACAAAGUUCUCGCGGCGGACCCUCGCAUCGAGAUAAGUCACAUUUCCAUCAGCGACGGGAUCACGCUGUGCAGACGCAUCGUAUGAUAAAAACCAAAUCGCCACCCACAGUUCUUAUUGUUCUUCCACAGAUAGCUCUUCAGUAGCUCGUUAGGAGAAUCUUUCCACCUCUCGCUGGUGUCUGCAAGAAGAAGGAAUUAUUUUGUUCAUAAGCUUCGGACUGUUAUUUCGAAGUCUCAAUGGAAGGAAUUCUUCUCUUA